AUGAGAGGCAUCAACUAUCGCAUACUUGCGUUAAUUUUUCCACUCUCCCUGCGCCUGGCGCUGCCGUCGGAUUACAAAACCUGGUAUGGGUCUGCCAAAAACUCAUUCAGCAGGGGGAAGUCCACCUACGAUGAGCUGGUGAAGUCGGCGCAGAACAGUGAGGAUGAGUGCGUCAUACUGCACUCAACGGACAACCGUUUGUCCACAACGCAGGGGGCCGGCAGGGGCACAGGCACGGAGUCGGGGUCCUUCCCGUGCCUCGACCACCUGCAACACAAGGAUAACCGAAGCAAUUUCGACAUCAACUUCAACAUCGGGGAUGUCGCCGGCGGCUCCAGAGAGCAGCGGCUGGUCGCCGAAGGCGGGUGCUGGCAGUUCGUGCUGAACCAGGUCAGCGCGCUCGACAUCGACAGAUGCGACGUGAAAGGCGAGGUAUCGAGGUCGCUCAUCGCGUUGGCAAAGACAAAGUGCCACCUGAUCAGAUCGGGCAGAACCUUCCCCCUGGCGGAGCACGGGUGCCUGCUCAACCCGGACGUCCUAGACGACAAUGCGCUGGGGCUGCUCGGCGACCAGUACACCUCGAAUCCGUGCAGAAGCGUGUAUAACAGCGGCGAGUGUGAGAAGCUGAAGGAGGACAUCGUCGCACAAUGUACCAACCCGCGGGUCAUGACCGAGGCUGCCUUCCAAAUGUACCACGCAGAUCUCAACCACAUCGAUGACAUAUGCUUCUACCUCCAGUCAAACGAAUGGAACCGCAGGACAGAAUCAAACAUCAACAGGCUCGGCGAAUCGGCCAUAAACCUCCUCAACACGCAGCAGAACAUGGAGAUGUUUCUGGCAGGCAUGCAGAAGCAACAGGAAGAAAGUCUGCGAAAGGCCACCAGGUGA